AUGGGGACAGUCUUGAGCCAAGCAGGCGUCUGCUGUGUACAGGAACGGAGUCUCUUCUGCAGCAGCUUCGAAUUCCUCUGGACGUUUGUUGGUCGCGACAGGACAAGCUACCAGUCACUGGCGGUCAGCAGCUCCUCUGGGAGCCCUUGCUAUCAAUCGAUUGGACCACUGCCUGCGCCGCAGUUCGUGGAGCAGGAGGAGCUCUUCGGAGAGCACCGCGUGUCGCGGCCCAGCUGUGCCUUUGGCAACAGCUGCCGCCGCAGCAACCCUCAGCACUUCCUGGAUGAGAGCCACCCCACGGACCCUGACCAUCAGGCUGGCCAUGUGCAACCCCCUGCCGUCCGGCCCGGGCUUCACUUGGCACAGAGGAAUGGCAGCUUUGACUGGGUCCGGACCGGCAAUGAGAAGGCCGACCGAGACCUGCGUGGAGAAGUGGCUUCUCUCAGCCUGGGGGUGUGUCAAGCCAGAGGCUACUGGCUGGGCAAUGCGAAGGUGGCACUGCAGCAGGUGGACAACCUCCUGCAAGGUACUCGAAUCCUCACGAUUGAGGAGGCCGGGGGCGCGCUGGCCUCCAACUCCCGACCGCCGCGUCUUGCAGUGGCCAGGGAAGCCACGGCCCUCGACGCUGCGCUCGCACGUAGCACCCGCGGCGAGCGGGUGGCGGUGAUCGGGGCAGCUUCUGCCUACCAUCCAUGUGGAGGCUUCCGCACAGGUGGACGCCAUGCGCUGGAGGAGGCGAUGUGUGUGCAGUCGACCCUCUCCGUUUCACUGCAGCGAGCGGUGUGGCUCUCCAGGCAUGGCGGAGUGGAGGUGCCUCUCCCGGAGCGACUGAAAGCAGAUGGCCGGAAGGGAUGGUUUUGCUACAUCCCGGAGCGAGGGGCGAUCCUCUCUCCCUCGGUGGAGGUCUUCCGAAAUGGGUCUGACAUGGGAUAUGCCUUCAUGAAGAGCGCUGUGGAGCUGGCGGCAGUCGUCAGUGUGGCGAUGCCGAACAUGAACCCGUCGGUCAAGGACUCGCCGUUGGACACCCCGACUGAUCUACAUGCGUACCGUGCCCUCCUUGCAGACAAGCUCAAGGUCGCCCUCUACGGCGCAUCACUUGCUGGGGCGACCGCCGUUGUGGUCCCCGGCGUUGGCUGUGGCGUCUUCAAGAACGAGCCAGGGGAUGUUGGCGCGGCUCUGGCAGAGGCCAUGCGCUGUGCAGGAUCCGGGCUCCGCGAGGUGGUGCUGGCCGGGGCACCACAAGCCAUGGCCGCGGCUGCUGCUGCUUCCCUUAAGCAGCGCCUUUGA